UAUGGCCACCGCCCUAGAGCACUUCCCGUAUUCGGGAGCGCCGGCCUCGUCGAUCGGCUGGGACAUGUAACGGUCACCGUCACCAUGGAGACGCCCAGCACCAGGGUCCUCCUGUCCCAGUCAGAAGAAGCACUGGCCUCUCCCUUGCCAAACGAAAGCAUAAAUUCUCCACUGCCAAACCUAACACCAAGACACCAAGACCUGAUUGCCACACCGUGUGGUCCUAUCAAACGAUGGUCCGAAUUGUCGUCCCCUGUCAAGAUCUACUUCUGUGUCACCAUCCUUUCGUUGUUGAGUGUCAUUGGAUUAACCGUGGAGACCCUCAUCCAGCAGAAAAAUGAAGAUUUCACUGUGUCUCUCAUCCAGAUCAUUGGCCUUGUUUUCUGCAUCUAUUACGUCAGCCGGGGGAUCCUGCAGGAGAAUCGCCAGGAGCUGGUUGUCUUCGUCCUCUCUGUCGUCUUGGUCAUGCUGCGCUCCGUGAUCAACUUCACUGUCCUGCCCGCCAAGCAGAAGCCGGAGUUGUUGGCCCGCUUCGUCCUGAUCCUUCUGGUGGGAGCCUUUGACGUCUCCUGCGCCAUGAUCCUGAUUCAGAGCGAGAGCCGGAUGGCCUUCCGAGUGGGUGGCGCGUUGGAGAGCCUCCAAGCCCAGUAUUUCAUGCUGAACCUCUGCUUUUCCAUGCUGACCUUUGACCUCCAGGCUCAGGUGAUAACCGAAUGGGGCAAAGGGAACUCUUACGCCUUGGAAGCCGCCAUCAUCACCUGCUCUUGCAUUUCAGUGAUGAUCAAAAGCGUCCUGUUCUGGGCACUGUUUCACGUCUAUCAGAGUUUUGGGCAAGGCCUGAGAGAGAGGAUGUUUUCUUCCUAUGGAAGGAUCGAUUCGUGACCCGCAGCUCCAUCGCCGAAACCGAUGUGCUCUUAUAGAGUGAAAAACCAAGUUGGGAAAAUCUGAUUUCCCCCCUUCCCUCCCCUUCUUGCCCCCCCCUGGUUGGACUCUGAUAAGAGAAGCAGCAGCAGCAGCAGCAGUGACUCAGUCCCAAGGGAGACCUUCCACCUUGCUGGAUCUCCGGGAUCACCCCGCCAAGACCUUCCUCACGCCGAAAAGCCAACUGAAGCCAUGCGUCAUCCCGACUCUCCCCUAAAGAUGCUUCGGAGCACCUCCUCGAUGUAGCUUUCACUGCAAGCAGCCUUUCUCGUGCUGGGAGUCGGGGGGGAGUUGUCUUGGCACAUUUGCUCCCCCUGCUUGUAUUGUAAACCCCCCCCCCCUAUUUUACUUCAUUUUUUUACUUAAUUUGGGCCCUGCCCCCGUUGGCAUGCCCGAACUUGACCGACGGGCAGAUUUUGCAGUUGCCAAAUUGCAAAGCGGGAUCCCGGGGGCGUGGCCGCAGUUUCAAUAUAAAUCGAAAUAAUUCUUCGCCCUAAAAGAGCCUCGGGCCCCGCUUGGCCUGGCCUGACCCGCUCUCCGAAUCCAGUUUGAAACCCGAAACGUUUCUCUUUCGGUCGCUCCCGUUUUGCCGCGCUCUGUUAACCGAGAGAGCGGCUGUUCACGCUUCCAAGGCUGCAGGAAGGGGGUUGUCAUCCCAAUUGCAAGGUUGCUUCGGUUCCUGGCAGGCACUCCAGGUGGCAUCGCUGCCCUCCUGACGGGGUGCCAAGAGUGGCAAAGCACAGGAGCAUACUGGUUGGCGUAGGCUGGUCAGUUUUGCAUGAACCCUUGUAGAAAAGGCAGAGAUUUUGUUCCACCUGAACAAUUUCAGGCCAGAAAUCACCCAAGACAGGAGAGAAUGAACGGUGAAAACCGUUUGCCUAAAAUUGCCGCGUCCGUGUUGUACAAACUGGGCCCUUGCAAGGCGUAGCAUGUCCGUCUUAAUCAGAUACACGCAAGCUUCUCUUGGCUCUGUCAGCCCUUCCAGGCUAAA